GAACUUUGGUAUACCUAACCAAUAAGCAAUGACAACCAUGACAACUGUCUAUUUAUUGUUUAUGUAAGCAAAGUUGUUUUUAAAUUAACCAAAUUGCCUCUAAACGUCCUGCACUAUGAUCCAUAGUUUGUUUAUAAUCAACUCCCAGGGGGAUGUGUUUUUGGAGAAACACUGGCGAAGCGUGAUCUCUAGGUCCGUAUGCGACUACUACCUGGAGGCUCAGAGGGCCAAUUCCAAAGACAUCAACCCUGUAAUAACCACCCCACAUCACUAUCUUAUAUCGAUUCAACGGUCAGGAGUGAGUUACGUGGCGGUUUGCAUGGAGGAGAUUCCUCCUCUGUUCGUUAUCGAGUUUCUCCAUAGAAUUGUGGACACAUUCCAAGACUAUUUCUCCGACUGCACAGAGUCGAUAAUCAAGGAAAAUUAUGUGAUAGUUUAUGAGCUCUUGGAUGAGAUGCUGGACAAUGGCUUUCCGUUGGCCACUGAGAGCAACAUUCUCAAAGAGCUGAUUAAACCCCCGAAUAUACUCAGAACCAUCGCGAACACUGUUACCGGAAAAACCAACGUGAGCGAAAUUCUUCCCAGCGGCCAGCUCUCCAACAUCCCCUGGCGCCGAUCCGGGGUGAAAUACACUAACAACGAAGCGUACUUUGAUGUUAUCGAGGAAGUGGAUGCGAUCAUUGACAAGUCUGGAGCGACAGUUUUUGCGGAAAUUCAGGGAUAUAUAGAUUGCUGCAUCAAGCUGAGCGGCAUGCCCGAUCUCACACUUUCUUUUAUGAACCCCCGCCUGUUUGACGACGUCAGUUUUCACCCCUGUGUGCGCUACAAGAGAUGGGAGGCGGAAAAAGUGCUAUCUUUCAUCCCCCCAGACGGCAACUUCAGGCUGAUUUCCUAUCACAUCAACACUCAGAGCAGUGUCGCAAUUCCGGUCUACGUGAGACAUAAUUUGUCGAUAAAAACUGGAGAGCAGGCGCGAUUGGACCUGACUGUGGGCCCCAAGCAAACACUGGGGAGAACCGUGGAAGGCGUUAAGUUGGAGGUUCUCAUGCCCAAAUGCAUUCUAAACUGUGUGCUAACAGCCAAUCAGGGCAAGUACAAUUUCGACCCGGUGUCGAAGAUGCUUCACUGGGAUAUCGGAAAAAUUGACAUCACCAAGUUGCCGAACAUCCGAGGAUCUGUCUCCAUCGCAAGCGGCACUAACACUGCUGAAAUCAACCCGUCGAUUAACGUCCACUUCGGCAUUAAUCAACUGGCGGUCAGCGGCCUGAAAGUGAAUCGUCUGGACAUGUACGGCGAGAAGUACAAGCCCUUUAAAGGAGUCAAGUAUAUGACCAAAGCUGGCCGGUUCCAAAUUCGCAUGUAAGAAACCCAGAAUAAAUGUAUUGUUUGCA